AUGCAUGGGCUGGGCGCACCGCCCCCCGCCGCCGGAGCCCUUUUCUACUCGUUUUUCAAAUCACUUGUGGGUAAAGACGUGGUGGUGGAACUAAAAAACGACCUCAGCAUAUGUGGAACUCUUCAUUCAGUUGACCAGUACCUCAAUAUCAAACUGACAGACAUAAGCGUCACAGAUCCUGAAAAAUACCCACACAUGUUGUCCGUAAAAAACUGCUUCAUCCGCGGCUCGGUGGUGCGCUACGUGCAGCUGCCCGCCGACGAAGUGGACACGCAGCUGUUGCAAGACGCCGCACGCAAGGAGGCCAUGCAGCAGAAGCAGUGA